AGCUUCUUGCUUGCUUUCGCUUGGUUCGUGGACGAUUUGAACUGGUGUUGCUUCGCAGAUUUACUUUUAUUCUGGAAAAAUCAGUGUAAAAGCAUAAUUUAGGAAUAUAUUGAAUUGAAGAGUUUAAUUUUAAAAAGUGCAAUUGACGCGGAUUGUUAAAGCUGACAAGUUUUCUGCUUGAAUAAAACGUGUGCUCAAGUUUUCUUCUCGUUCUACAUCGGUAUCAGACGAAAAGAAGACAAGUCUGUGCGGACUUGUUGAGAAAAAGCAAAGUGCAGUGUCGGUUCGGUUGAGUUGGGUCGACGGGCAGACUGACUGAAAACUGACUGAGUGGCGACGGACGGUACUUGUAACAUUAUUCUGCUCGCUCGCUGCAGUGUGUGAUAUUGUUACGUGCCGUAGCGAAACCGUGUGUGUCUUCUGGCCAUCAAAUUGGCCACAUCACCUGGUCUAGGGCACCAUGAGUGUGGAGGUUGAAGGGACCAGUUCCCAGGAUUCCAAGGCUGUCAACGGCGAUGGAAGGGGAUUCUCCGAGAAUGGCGUAAGCAAUGGGCAUUCUGCCGAAGGAAGUGGGAGUGGUGGUGGCAGUAGUGACAGACAUAAAAGUCACAAAAGCUCCAGUAAGGACAAACACAGAGACAAGGACCGAGAACGGGAUAAGGACAAACAUCGAAGUUCAGAUAAGGAUCGCGACCGGGAGAAAGACAAACAUCGGAGCAGUGACAGGGACAAGGAUCGCAGCGACAAGCAUAAGAGCUCGUCAUCGUCAUCAUCCAAGGAUAAGGAUCGCGAUAAGGAGAAAUCCAGCAGCAGCAGCAGCAAGGAUAAAGAACGUGAUCGUCAUGGCAGUUCGCACAAAAGUUCUAAAAGCGACAAAGAUCGCGACCGGGAGAAAGAUAAGGAGCGAUCGAAAGACAAAGAUCGCGAAAAAGAAAAAGACAGAUCUAAGGACAAGGAUAAGGAUCGAUCAAAGGAAAAGGAUCGAGACAAGGAUAAGGAUCGUUCGAAGGAUAAGGAUCGUGAGAAGGACAAGGAUCGCAAGGAUCGGGACAAGGAAAAGUCGAGUGGUAGUAGCAAAGAAAAAGAUCGUGACAAGCACAAAAGCAGCUCAUCUUCCCGUGAUAAGGAACGGGACAAGGAUAAACACAAGAGCAGUAGCAGUAGCAAACAUUCCAGUAGCAGCAGCAGCAAAGAUAAAGACAAACAUCGGGAUAAGGAACGGGAGCGCAGCGAUAAACAUUCUUCAUCGUCGUCCAAAGAUAAGGAUCGGGAGAAGAAGGAUAAAAUAAAACUAGAGCCUGACAUCAAACCAGAGCCUGAAAUCAAAUUAGGAGAAUUCGAUGAUAAACCGGUGACCAAUGGCACCGAAAACAGCCAGGAACCUACCCAUUAUAAUGAAGAAAUCAAGAAGGAAGAAGAAACGUUUGAUGUAUCUCAAGCCAGCUCAUGUGACUACUCUAUGUCCCAGUUCCGUCCCGACGAAACUCCGUUCGUUAUUAAAGAGGAAGCGCUUGAUCCACUCGCUAAUUCUGCCUGUGACGAUGAGGAUGGCGAAGAAGAGCCUCAAGAACAAUCCACUAUUUCGGCACCGGUCAAACAGGAAUCUGACUCUGAAGAUGACGUUCCAUUGUCGAAGCGUAAGAAGAAAGACGAUGAUGACGAUUUUGACGGUAGCCAUAAGAAGAAGAAGAUAAAGACUGAGAAAAAGGACAAGAAGGAAAAGAAGAAAAAGAAGCGUGCCGCUGAGGAAGAUCUGGAUGAUGACGAUGAAGAAGAUUACGGUGCGGCAAAGAAAAAGAUUAAAAAGGAGAAGAACAAAGUAGUGGCGAAAACAAAGGUAAAAACCGAGGUGAAAAAAGAAGUAAGCAGUCCGACCAAAGGUGGGCGUAAGAAAAAGGAGGAAGAGCAACAAGAGGUUUGGAAAUGGUGGGAGGAGGAAAAGCGUGAAGAUGGCGUUAAAUGGAAUACUUUGGAACACAAGGGCCCUGUCUUUGCGCCGCCAUAUGAUCCAUUACCAGAUAACAUCAAGUUCGAAUAUGAUGGAAAAGUAAUGAAAUUGUCGCAAGAUGCCGAAGAAAUUGCUGGUUUUUAUGCCAAGAUGUUGGAACACGACUACACAGGAAAGGAUGCGUUCAAUGAUAACUUUUUCAAAGAUUGGCGCAAAUCAAUGACCCAAAAGGAGCGUGAAACGAUUAAGGAUCUCAGCAAGUGCAACUUUAGGUACAUGCACAAAUAUUUUGCAGAAAUUUCCGAGGCUAACAGAAACCGUACCAAGGAAGAGAAGGCUGCUCUGAAAGAGAAAAAUGAAGAAAUGGUCAAAGAAUAUGGGUUCUGCAUCAUCGAUGGUCAUAAAGAAAAGAUCGGUAACUUCCGCAUUGAGCCACCGGGAUUGUUCCGUGGACGCGGUGAGCAUCCAAAAAUGGGUUUGGUCAAAAGACGUGUUAUGCCGGAAGACGUUAUCAUAAAUUGUGGUAAGGAAAGCGUUUUCCCACAGGCUCCUGAGGGUCAUCGGUGGAAAGAGGUUCGUCAUGACAACUCGGUAUCUUGGCUGGCCUCGUGGACAGAAAACGUCCAAGGACAGGUCAAGUAUGUGAUGUUGAACCCCAGUUCCAAACUUAAGGGAGAGAAGGAUUGGCAAAAGUAUGAGACUGCCCGUCGGUUAUUGAAGCAUAUUGAUAAAAUUCGUAACACCUAUCGUGAAGAAUGGAAGAGCAAGGAAAUGCGCAUAAGGCAACGAGCCGUUGCUCUGUACUUUAUCGAUAAAUUAGCGCUGAGAGCAGGUAACGAGAAGGACGAGGAUCAGGCGGAUACUGUCGGUUGCUGUUCGCUUCGCGUGGAGCACAUUGAACUGCACAAAGAACUGAACGGAAAAGAGAACGUGGUCGUGUUCGAUUUUCUUGGUAAAGAUUCAAUCCGCUACUACAAUGAAGUAGAGGUCGAAAAAAGAGUAUUCAAAAAUUUGGAACUAUUCAAGGAAAACAAAAAAGACGGCGACGAUUUAUUCGAUCGCCUCAACACUACAGUCAUGAAUGAACAUUUACGAGAGCUUAUGGAAGGGUUAACUGCCAAAGUGUUCCGUACAUUCAACGCUUCCUUCACUCUGCAAAAUCAGCUAGCCGAAUUAACCGAUCCGGAAAUGACAGUGCCGGAGAAACUGUUGGCGUACAAUAGAGCCAAUCGGGCCGUGGCCAUCUUGUGUAACCAUCAACGGGCUGUCCCAAAAUCCCACGAUAAAAGUAUGCAAAAUUUGAAAGAUAAGAUCGAAGCUAAACGUGAUGCCGUAAAUGAAUGCCAGAAAGAAUUGAAGGAUCUGAAGAAGGUUUCACGAGACAAGGCGGCUCACGAAAAGAAAAGUAAACAACUUGAGCGCCUUAAGGAACAACUGAAGAAGCUCGAACUGCAAGAAACGGAUAGGGACGAAAACAAAACUAUCGCUCUUGGCACCUCUAAGCUUAACUAUCUCGAUCCUAGAAUAUCUGUCGCCUGGUGUAAGAAGUUUGAUGUUCCAAUUGAAAAGAUAUUCAACAAAACUCAGCGGGAAAAAUUCCGAUGGGCCAUUGACAUGGCCGGCGAGGAUUAUGUUUUCUAAGGCAAUUCCAGAUUUAGAUGAAAAAAAAAAAACACUGAACGGUCCAUGAAUUUCGAAAAGUUGAAGGAAAAGAGGUCGAACGUUUAAGGAGAUAGAAUAUUGAUGAUCGCUAAAUGAAAAUGAAACAUGAGCCAUUUAUCGGAAAAAAGAUAAGAAUGGCAUGGGUUCGCUGCAGAUGGGAUUCUGAUAUUAGACACGGAAUUAAUUUUAGAUAAGGCUCCAAAGUUAUUUGGAGCUACUAAGCAGUAGGAUUUUAGUGCUUCCGAGAUGAUCGGAAAUUUGUAUAAAACGUUUAUAUUUUUAUUUAUUUAGUAACAACAAAUCAGAGAAAAAUAUAAAACAAGCAUAACAAGCUAGUAAAAGGUACCAACAGACUUUAUAAUUUACCCGAAAUAGAAAUUUGGAAAACUCGUGUUUUAGCAAGUUAGCUAUCAUUUUUAUAUUAAAUUACAAUUUUAAAGUGAAAAGAAUUGGACUCAAAAGGUAGUUUAUUUUUGUUUUAUUAUAAACACACUGAAAUUUUUCAUUUUACGUGUGACAUUCAUCAUUUUUUUUCCAAUCUAAUUGUCCUCAAUUUAGCAAGUGCAAGAAAGCUGUAAUUUUAUUUAUUAAUGUAUAGGUUUAUGAUUUACUCUCCCACAUAGCAAAAAAUUAAAACUUGUUGUCCACUUUCACCAAUCAAUAUUAAUUUUUAGAGUCAGCAGACCUAGCAGACCUUUUUCUUCGCAUCAUUAUCAUAAUAGGUUAUAAGUAGUAGGAAUUAAAUAUUGUGUUGUAUCCUUUGCGAAUCAAUCUUCAUUCGAAAGGAAAGUACUAAACACGAAGAAUAAUUAGGUAGAAGAUAAAAUUCAAAAAUACAAAAAAUAGAGUGAUUCUUACGAAACCAUUUUUCCUUAGUAACAUUUAUGGUUAUUUUUAAUAAAGAGACAUGAAGUUUUAUUUUCGCUGAGUCGAGCAGAAAAGUGCAUAAUAUUUGCAAUUAUUGAGUGUGAUUUGUAUUUGCGAGAAUGAUUUAAUCAAACUAGUGCCGAAAAGAGAAAGUGUAACAAUUACUCAAACCGAACAGAAGGAAAAGAAAUCUGAGUGGCAAAGGAUGUAUUGAAGAAAAAAAGAUUAAAUUUCUUAUUUACAAAAAAAAAAACUUGUAAUUCAAAAAGGAGUUAUCAACACAAGUGUUAAUAAUAAUUACAUUUGUCGAAAUACAACCAAUAUUCUGAAAGAGGAAGGAAUUAUAAAACUCUUUACCAGUAGAAGACAUGAAGUGCAGUAAAAUAAAUUUAGUAUAGUGACGAGAUCAACACUAAGCAAAAAUGAUUGACUACAUAGCAAAGAUGGAUUUGGGCUCAUGGAAGAAAGAAAACCAAAUUUCUGAAACAAAAAUAUUAAAAAUGUUGGUCGAAACUUGGAAAAUGCAAAUGAUCCACCACACGAAACAUGGAUUAGAUAUCGUUGGAAUGUUAUGGAAGGUAUACCAUAACACGGAUGAAAGAAAAAACGAUACUUAUCUACAUUAAAAGAAGAUUGCAAAAUAAAAGUUCGCAUCUGUUUCUUCCCAGCUUCUUUAUAAAAGAAUCCAGCUGGUAUCGUAUUUUGCGCAUCUACAACCAAGCACGGAAUCCAACACAAAAUCAUUAUACAUAUGGAAUACAACUAUAGGAACGUAAGUUUUCUUUUAUUUCAACACAAAAUUAAAUUAAAUAGCAACGCUGAAUAAA